CGUUGUCUUGUCUCCUGUUCACCACCUGUUGUCCUGUAGUCAGGUGUGUUGUUCUAGAGCUUCAUGAUGCAGACGAUGCAGACCCAGAUGAUGCAGAACCAGACGAUGCAGAACCAGACGAUGCAGAGCAAGACGAUGCAGAACCAGACGAUGCAGAGCCAGACGAUGCAGACAUCAGUAGACUAUAAUAAUGGAUACACGAUGCAGAUGCAGGAACAGCAGAAUAAUGACUACACCAUCCAGGAUGACGAGUGGGACAGAGACCUGCUCCUGGACCCCGCCUGGGAGAAACAGCAGAGAAAGACUUUCACAGCCUGGUGCAACUCUCACCUGAGGAAGGCUGGGACUGGGAUUGAGAACAUCGAGGAGGACUUCAGGAACGGACUGAAACUCAUGCUGCUGCUUGAAGUCAUUUCUGGUGAAAGACUUCCCAAACCAGACAGAGGGAAAAUGCGCUUCCACAAGAUAGCCAACGUCAACAAAGCUCUGGAGUACAUCACCAGCAAAGGAGUCAAGCUGGUCUCCAUUGGAGCUGAAGAGAUUGUGGACGGCAACAUUAAGAUGACUCUGGGAAUGAUCUGGACCAUCAUUCUGCGCUUCGCCAUCCAGGACAUCUCAGUGGAAGAAACCUCUGCUAAGGAAGGUCUUCUUCUAUGGUGCCAGAGAAAGACUGCCCCCUACAGGAAUGUCAAUGUCCAGAACUUCCAUGUCAGCUGGAAGGACGGCCUCGCGUUGUGCGCCCUGAUACACAGACACCGUCCUGACCUCAUCGACUAUGCCAAGCUCAACAAGGAUGACCCUCUGGGUAAUCUCAACCUGGCCUUUGAUGUGGCAGAGAAAUACCUGGACAUCCCCAAGAUGUUGGACGCUGAAGACAUCAUCAACAGCCCAAAGCCCGACGAGAGAGCUAUCAUGACCUAUGUUUCCUGUUUCUACCAUGCUUUUGCUGGAGCAGAGCAGGCGGAGACAGCAGCUAACCGGAUCUGUACAAUUCUGGGGGUCAACCAGGAGAAUGAGAGCCUCAUGGAGGAAUAUGAGAAACUGGCCAGUCAGCUGUUGGAGUGGAUUCGUCGUAUGACCCCCUGGCUCGAGAACAAGUCCCCGGAGACGACCAUGUCUGCUAUGCGUGGUAAACUGGAGGACUUCAGAGACUACCGUAGACAACACAAACCCCCCAAGGUGCAGGAGAAGUGUCAGCUGGAGAUCAACUUCAACACCCUGCAGACCAAGCUGAGGAUCUCCAACAGGCCUGCCUUCAUGCCCUCUGAGGGACGCAUGGUCUCAGACAUCACCAGUGCGUGGACGGGCCUGGAGCAGGCAGAGAAGGGCUAUGAGGAGUGGCUGCUGAGUGAGAUCAGGAGGCUGGAGCGUCUCAACCACCUGGCUGAGAAGUUUCAGAUGAAGGCUACUACCCACCAGGGCUGGUCUGUAGGUAAGGACAGUGUGCUGUCUCAGAAGGACUACGAGUCCUGCUCUCUGACGGAGGUGAGAGCUCUGCUCAGGAAACACGAGGCCUUUGAGAGUGACCUGGCCGCUCACCAGGACAGAGUGGAACAGAUUGCUGCCAUCGCACAGGAAUUAAAGUAA